GCCGUCCCCCUCCCGGACUAGAGACAAAUUAAAUAAAAGAUGGAGGAAGAAGUCACUGAUUUGCGGGUCCAGUCCAGCAACUUCCUUCACCAAUGGUCAUCGUCAGAUAUAGCGCGUUUUAUCCAGGCCAGAGGGGAGGCAGAGAGUCUUUUCACAGGACAACGCAACAGUUUGAUGGAGGGGUGGAAACAGGUACUCAGUUCCAUUAGCCUUGCGACCGUGGUCAGCCCACUUCAGGCCAGAAAGAAGUGGGACAACCUGGAAGAAAAGUAUUUGGAGCUGAAGUGCCCACCUAUAGGGGCAGAGACAGACAACGGGGAGGACGCAGCUGCCUCGUGGCCAUGGUACCCUGCCAUGGAUGCGCUGCUUGGCCAGAGGCACUCCAUCACACCACCCGUGCUGCGUGCCUCUAUGGCCUGCAGCUCCUCCAUGGCAGGGCCUUAUUCCACAGGUGCCAUCAUGUCCUCCCCACCACCGAGAGAGGAGAGGCAGGAAGGAAGGGGAAGGAAGCGGCGCUAUACCAUGGCUUUCCUUUUGGAGAUGAUGGAAAGAGGUCUGGCCCGGGAGGAGGAGCGUCAGCGGAAGGAGGAGGAGCGUCAGCAGAAGGUUGACGAAAGAUUGGAAAGACUGCUGACAAUUAUGGAGCGACUUGCAGAGAAAUAGAUAUAUUGAUAAUUAAACAUUUACAGCAUUAUGCUUUUUUUUUUUUUUUUAAGUACAUAUAAUGAUGACACAACAACAGAGUUCAGUUAAGUUAAAAUAACUUUAU